UUUAGAAUGUUUUCUUUUUAUUAAGAUGUGGUUUUGGAACUUUGAUUUCUCUUUUCUGCGCGCCUCCCAGUUGUACGGGGUGACGUGGUGGACUAGGGUGGACCACUCGGACAAGCUACAGAACGAGGACGAUGGUGACAGAUCCUUUCAGAUGAGGAAUGGAGAUUUUCCUACUGAUGACGAGACUUCCUCACGUGACACUCGCAAAGACGAGGAAGACGACGACGAGGACAGCGACGACGAGGAAGGGAGAUGCCAACGUUGGGUGAACGCCGCAUGCGGAAUGCCCAAAGCCCAGGCCAAGAAUAAACAGACGGCGGCCAUUACGCUCAACGAACGCAGAAGUUUCCUCAUCGAGAACCCGAGAUGGGAGGCCAUCUUGAAUAUCAACGCUGCCUUGGGGCUCUCAGUGAUGGCGUUUUUAAUUGGAUACUAUCGUUAGAAGUAUCAUAGAUGUAAAAUUACAUAGAUUUAGUAUAAUACAUGUAAUUAGAGACUAUGAAUGCCCUGGGAAAUGUUCACCCAUAGUAAGAUUGCGAAGAAUGGCGUCACUUGGUGGUGAAUAGAGAAAGAGGAGGGGGUGAAAAUGGCAUCAUUUGCAUACUGGCAGCCACAAGAAGAGUGAGAACUUUUCCAAGUGUGCUCGGGCCUUACACGUUGUCAGAUAGUGUACAUAGUAUUGACUUAAAUGAGUACAUUAUGAUUAUUAUUAAUAUCAGUAUCAUAUUAACGCCAUGUCGUGCAAUUUAUGUAGAUAGCUUUGGUUACGUUUUACUUUACCGUACUAGCUGUCAUUAUUUGUCCAAGUGUAUGUUCAUAAUAAUAUAUAUUGUAGACAAUGACCACAAUUUUCUUGGACAAAUGAACGAGCUUUUUGAUAGUACCACUAAGUCACACUGAAUAUGCCCGAAAACUGACGAAAUGUUUCAUCAUAGCACAUUUUUUGAAGGGGGGGGGGUAUCUGCAUUUUCAAAAGACAAUUGAGACAACAGAGUUUUGUUCAUAAGACGCAUGCUGUGUAUCCCAUGGACAGCUAGAAAAACAAUAAAUGAAGAAGACUUUGUCUUGGUUGAAGCAAAUUGCAGAAGAUAGUUUAUGACGAAUAUAGGCCUACAAAAGCAACAGGCAAAGUUGAUUGGACACACAAUGAGGAAAGAAGUAUUGGAGAAUAUUGUAACAACAGCCAAGUUUGAUGGAAAGUGAGUAAGAGGCAGACAAGAGGGAAAAGAUAGUUUUAGUAAGAAUUUGAUUUCACUUGCAACACAAUAAGGUCAUAUAAGUGCCGAAGAUUAGAGGUGUUACAAGAGAGUAACAAACCCGAAAAAGGAGGGAAGAUAAAGACUAUAGAUGUUUGACAGGAAAAAAGAAGCAAACCACACCAAAGCACCCGCGCAACCACCUACAGAGGGAAAAGAUGCUGAACAAGUUGACAACAUAUCUGGAAACAGCAAGAAAGACAGACUCCAUCGAUCGCUGCAACGUAAGACAGAGUGAAGUGGAGGUCCAUGAUGAUUUUCAAAAGUAUUUAUUUAGCAUCCAUUGACACAACACAAUUAUUAUUUAUCCAGUUUAUGAGGUGGGCCCCUUCAAACAUUCACUUAGUUCUGAGUAAGAUGCUGCAGUCCAAAAGACAGGAAGAGAUUUUAGAAGCAUUAACUUUUAUUCCAUUAAAGAAAAAAAACUGUUACUCCAUUACAACGCCGCUGGUCUUCCUACUCAUCAUUGCUAUCUGUCAAUAAGUCACACUAUAAAUUAUUGCCAACCUGUCAGCUUUUUGCUUCAUCGUCAAAAGACGUGGUGAAUAUUAUUAUUACUUUUCUCAUCCUGAUACCAACAAAAUCAUAAUCUAAUUAAAGUUUGUUCUGUUCGUGUUGUA